AUGCAGCUUUCGAGAAGCAUCGUUGCCCUGCUGCUUGUCCUUUUCUACGCUCACUCCACAUCUGCUGCCCUGCUCCAUGCUCGGCAAGAUGGCGACACAAAGACGGCCACCGCCCGCAGUUCCAGGGAGGUCUCCAGCGAGGCUGCUACGACAGCGACGAUCGACAGGACUUCGCAUGCAGCCACAGAAACCAGUUUUCGGGACUCCGCAUUGCCUUCAGCCACUGCAUCGGUCAGCACUACUGCCCUAACCGAUGUCCCGUCCGCGGCAGCUCCCAGUGACGCGCCAGCUGCGUCCAGCACGGCCGCCGUAUAUUCCGGCCAUGGCCUUCCGCUCCCUCCCAAAGUGACUCCAGCCAUUGGCAUCACCGGUGCUGUCCUCAUGGUCACUGGUGCCAUUUACACUUUCAUAGGCAUCAAAAACCUCUGGGUAAACAUCGGGGGCUCAGUCGGCUUCCUCGUCGCACUCUCCAUAACCGUCCUUAUUGAAUAUGUUAUGAACCCUCCUGUCACCGAUGCUGUGCAAGGAGCUUUCUUCGUUGCUGCAUUCAUCCCUGCAUUGCUAGCCGGCGGUGUCGCCUACAUCUUCAAAGACAUUACUGAAGGGUUGGGGUGCAUGCUUGGCGGCUUUUGCCUGUCUAUGUGGUUUCUCGUCCUGAAGCCAGGCGGUCUGAUUACAUCUUCGGCUGGUAGAGCCAUCUUCAUCGGUGUUUUGUCUGUCGUCGGCUGGGGCUUGUCUUUCAGUCGCUAUACCCGUACCUACGGGUUGAUUGGUUGCACCUCUUUCGCUGGUGCCACCGCCACCGUGAUUGGAAUCGACUGUUUUUCACGAGCAGGCUUGAAGGAGUUUUGGUUGUACCUCUGGGAUCUGAACGACAACACUUUUCCGCUGUUUACCAACACAUACCCGCACACGCGCGGCAUUCGAGUCGAGAUUGCCUGCAUAAUCAUAAUCACUUUGCUUGGAAUUGCGUCGCAAAUGAAGCUCUGGAAGGUGGUCAAGGCUCGCCGCGAGCAAAGAGAUGCUGCUCGUCGGCUGAAAGAGGAGGAACAGCGCCGCAUGGAUGAAGAGACCGGCAGAAAAAUUAUGGAAGAAACCGACCGCGAGAAGGCGCAGUGGGAAGCCAUGUAUGGCAAUAAGAACUACGGCGAAAGGAACGCCGACGUGGACCAUCUCGAUUCCGGCGUUGGUUCUGAGAAUGCCGGUAAGGCGUCAGUCAGCGUGCGAGAAAUUUCGCAGGGCACACCAUCCGAAGAGAGCAUUGAGAUGUGCGAGCUCGAGGCCGGCACAAGACAAGGAAGCCAGGCUCAGCUCGUUGAUCAACAUGCCACUCCGGCUGAAGGCCCCGACGAAAUACAGCCGAUUGACAGCCAAGGACGGCCUCUUCCACCAUCGCCUGGCUACUUCAGCAUGAGCCACCAAGAUCCAGUGAUGAAGCGCCAGGACUCGAUGCAAAACAGUGCUGGAAUGGACCAGGUAGCGUACAGCGACUAUUCGCCGCGGCUUUCCAUGCAAGCACCCGGAGGUCCUCAAGCGGUUCGGCUUCCUUUCGUGGUACCCACGGGAAAUGACUCCGAAUCCGAGCUCCCGGAGCAGGAGUCUGUCGCCUCCAUGCCAGAGAAUCUAAUGACCAGGGAAAACAGCGCCCAACGGUUGCCGGUGAAACCGGACUCGAAGAGGAGCUCCCAUGCCAGGAACUCGCAUGCAACGUCGGAAGAACAUCUUAUAGAACCGCCAUCCCUCGACGAUGAUAGGGCAUCUUCAAUUGCAGCUACUCUCGACGACAUGAACGAAGAGGUCAUUUCCCUCCCCGCACUUUCAAGAGUCGGGACACCAUUCAGCUGGAUGGAGCGACCCGGGAACAACCAAGGACAUGCAGAAAGCGCGGCUACCGAGACGGAUGGCGUCGAUGACGAAACCCGGGACGAUUCAUCGACGACUAUCGAUUCGGGUGACGGCAAUCGUGAGGCGUCAACGCCGACUGCGCGCCGCUCAUUGACAUCUAGCACCAACCCCAAAGCAGUUUACACGAAGUCCGCUGCUGGCAAGGAUCGCCGCAAAUCUGUCGUUUCAACGGAUCGCGAUGAAGUGGGAUCGGCAAGCGACAGACAGGCACGGUCGAAGAAGUCAACCACGCAGUCGGAAAUUACCCAUUCCGUCGUUGGUAGCUUGAGCGACCACCUGCCCGACAACAAGCUGUCCAAGGUCAUGCUAACAUACCGCACCAAUGAAUGGGCCAAGCAUGUCAGUAUGGCCGAUCAGCCUGAGCUCGAGAGCAUUCCAGAACCCUCGUCUCCCGGCGUCAUGGUGGAUCUCGGCUUCAAGAAAGCAGCUGAAACGUCGCGGAAGCCGAUAGAAGCCCCAGCUCCUGAGGCUGAGGCGGAACCGGAGGUCGACCCAAGGGAUGAAGCUCCAACUCCCGUCCAGACACCUCCGAUUCCAGUCCAGACACCUCAGAUACCUGCCCAGACCAACCCGUACCGGCAGUCGCUGCACCGCCGGUCAUCGAGCCAGUCGAAGAGCAUUCCGCCAAACGAGACACCUGCUCCGCUGUCGAGGAACUCAUCGAGCGCCACGCUACCAAUGGCAAAUGCGAACACGCCUCCGAUCAACCUUCAGCGCAAUUCGAGCUCGUCAUCGGUGGCGACCGUGCCGCGCCCUGGCUCGGCGGUGACGGUCAAUGGCACGCGAGGGUUGAGGAUCUCAUCCAGCCCGGUCAACGCGCCCAUUGCUGAGCAGCCAUCAGAGGAAAUGAAGGCCGAGAGACGCAACUCUUCCAGACUUGUGCAGACGCCACUGCCGACAAACACGCUCAUGAGCGAGAGGGACAGCCGGAUGCGCAGCAGGCCGACGAAGAUGUCAUUCAUCACGGCGCCAGGCCAGUCGCCCGUCACCAUGGCGCAAACGCCGCAGUCUCAUCGCGUCAGCAGAGCGCCGAGCAUAGCAAACUCGGUGCAAAGCUCGCAGAUGGCAGCAGAGGAUGCGGAUCCGGACAACAUGCCGCUCAGCCAGCGGCGGGCGAUGAUCCAGAAGAACCGGCUGUCGGCGUCCAACCGCAACUCGUCGUACCCGGCGCUGUCGGCGCAGAACUUCAACUCGCACCAGCCGCAGCGCGAGCCGGCGAUGCCGCAGGACAAGCGCGAGCAGAUGUUCGCGUCGUGGCGCGGGUCGCUGCAGCAGGACCAGCAGUCGCGGAUGCAGCCGGCGCAGCGCGAGCUGACCGAGGGCCGGCGGUCGGCCAUGAUCAGCGAGCAGCGGCGCAACAAGGAGUGGGCGCAGCAGCAGCAGGAGAUCAACCGGCAGAACAUCGACAUGAUGAUCCACGAGAAGAUGCGGUCGGGCCAGAUGCAGCAGCUGCACCGUGAGAGGCUGCGACGGCUGCAGUCGGGCGCCAAGACCGAAUAG